UCCCUCUUUCUCUCCCCCCAUAUGCAUUUGCAGGCCAUUGUGUGUCCGACCAAGUUUUACGCUUCAUUCAUAACCUAACGCUGUGUCGAUACAGAUACAGAUACAGAGAUGGCUCGGCAGGCCUCCAAACUUAUCGCUAACUUGUCUUCGGCGCUUUCCCCCAAGCCAACUUCAUCAUUUUCUUCGACUUCUUCUUACGCUUAUGCGUUGUUACAAUCUCGGAACUUUGCCGCCGCGCCUCCUCCUCCUCCUUCCGUCUUUGUUGACAAGAAUACCCGUGUCAUUUGCCAAGGUAUCACCGGCAAGAAUGGAACUUUCCACACCGAGCAAGCCAUCGAGUACGGCACUAAAAUGGUUGGUGGUGUAACACCAAAGAAGGGUGGAACAGAACAUCUUGGACUCCCUGUUUUCAACUCCGUGGCUGAGGCAAAAGCUGAGACCAAGGCUAAUGCUACUGUGAUUUAUGUUCCUCCUCCGUUUGCUGCAGCAGCCAUCAUGGAGGCACUGGAGGCUGAAUUAGAUUUGAUUGUGUGUAUCACUGAAGGAAUUCCUCAGCAUGACAUGGUAAAGGUCAAGGCUGCUCUUAACCAACAGUCAAAAACACGGCUUAUUGGUCCAAACUGCCCUGGUAUUAUAAAACCUGGAGAAUGCAAAAUUGGAAUCAUGCCCGGUUAUAUUCAUAAACCAGGGCGUAUAGGAAUUGUUUCUCGAUCUGGCACACUGACGUAUGAAGCGGUUUUCCAAACAACGCAAGUUGGUUUGGGACAAUCCACCUGUGUUGGAAUUGGUGGGGAUCCUUUUAAUGGGACAAAUUUUGUUGAUUGCAUUGAAAAGUUCCUUGUUGACUCUCAGACAGAAGGAAUUGUUCUUAUUGGUGAGAUAGGUGGUACAGCUGAGGAGGAUGCUGCCGCCCUUAUAAAGGAAAGUGGAACUCAAAAGCCAGUUGUUGGUUUUAUUGCUGGACUAACUGCCCCACCUGGACGACGGAUGGGUCAUGCUGGAGCCAUUGUAUCCGGAGGGAAAGGGACAGCUCAAGGAAAAAUAAAGACCCUUAGGGAAGCUGGUGUGACGGUUGUCAAAUCUCCUGCAAAAAUUGGAACCGCAAUGCUUGAGGUAUUCAAGCAGAGAGGUCUUGUUUGAGUAAUUUUAUUUUUUCAAUUUCCUAUUCUUGGUUAUACUUCUGAAUCCUAGAAAAAAAUGAGCAUGGCUCAAAUAACCCCCAUCUCUUCCAUUUGAUGGGAGAUGUAUAAUACAACAUGCUAAGGGAAAUCUCUUUAGUUAAUUUAUACAUUUCUAGCCUCAACCAAUCAAUAGUUCAAGAUAUUUACUAUUGCUUUUGAUGCAACUGCUUUAGAAGAGUCCUAUAUUGGUAUUUUCUAAGCUUUCAUUUGAGCUAUUUGAAAACAACAGUUUUCUUUGUUU